AUGAGGAACAAUAUGAGGAACAACAUCAGGAACAACAUCAGGAACAACAUGAGGGGCAACAUGAGGAACAACAUGAGGAACAACAUGAGGAACAACAUGAGAAACAACAUGAGGAAGAACAAGAGAAACGAUAUGAUGAACAGCAUGAGGAGGAAUAACAUGAGGAACAACAUUAGGAACAACAUGAGGAACAGCAUGAGGAUCAAAAUUAGGAACAAUAUGAGGAACAACAUAAGGAACAACAUGAUGGACUACGUGAGGAACAACAUGAGGAACAACAUGAGGAACAGCAUGAGGAUCAAAAUUAGGAACAACAUGAGGAACAGCAUGAGGAUCAAAAUUAGGAACAAUAUGAGGAACAACAUAAGGAACAACAUGAUGAACUACAUGAGUAACAGCAUGAGGAACAACAUUAGGAACAGCAUGAGGAACAGCAUGAGGAUCAAAAUUAGGAACAAUAUGAGGAACAACAUAAGGAACAACAUGAUGAACUACAUGAGGAACAACAUAAGGAACAACAUGAGGAAUAACAAAAGGAGCAACAUGAUGAACUACAUGAGGAACAACAUAAGGAACAACAUGAGGAAUAACAUAAGGAGCAACAUGAUGAACUACAUGAGUAACAACAUAAGGAACAACAUGAGGAAUAACAUAAGGAGCAACAUGAUGAACUACAUGAGUAACAACAUAAGGAACAACAUGAGGAAUAACAUAAGGAGCAACAUGAUGAACUACAUGAGGAACAACAUAAGGAACAACAUGAGGAAUAACAUAAGGAGCAACAUGAUGAACUACAUGAGUAACAACAUAAGGAACAACAUGAGGAAUAACAUAAGGAGCAACAUGAUGAACUACAUGAGUAACAACAUAAGGAACAACAUGAGGAAUAACAUAAGGAGCAACAUGAUGAACUACAUGAGUAACAACAUAAGGAACAACAUGAGGAAUAACAUAAGGAGCAACAUGAUGAACUACAUGAGUAACAACAUAAGGAACAACAUGAGGAAUAACAUAAGGAGCAACAUGAUGAACUACAUGAGGAACAACAUAAGGAACAACAUGAGGAAUAACAUAAGGAGCAACAUGAUGAACUACAUGAGGAACAACAUAAGGAACAACAUGAGGAAUAACAUAAGGAGCAACAUGAUGAACUACAUGAGUAACAACAUAAGGAACAACAUGAGGAAUAACAUAAGGAGCAACAUGAUGAACUACAUGAGGAACAACAUAAGGAACAACAUGAGGAAUAACACAAGGAGCAACAUGAUGAACUACAUGAGUAACAACAUAAGGAACAACAUGAGGAAUAACAUAAGGAGCAACAUGAUGAACUACAUGAGUAACAACAUAAGGAACAACAUGAGGAAUAACAUAAGGAGCAACAUGAUGAACUACAUGAGUAACAACAUAAGGAACAACAUGAGGAAUAACAUAAGGAGCAACAUGAUGAACUACAUGAGUAACAACAUAAGGAACAACAUGAGGAACAACAUAAGGAGCAACAUGAUGAACUACAUGAGUAACAACAUAAGGAACAACAUGAGGAACAACAUAAGGAGCAACAUGAUGAACUACAUGAGUAACAACAUAAGGAACAACAUGAGUAACAACAUAAGGAACAACAUGAUGAACUACAUGAGUAACAACAUAAGGAACAACAUGAGGAACAACAUAAGGAGCAACAUGAUGAACUACAUGAGUAACAACAUAAGGAACAACAUGAGUAACAACAUAAGGAACAACAUAAGGAACAACAUGAGGAAUAACAUAAGGAACCACAUGAGGAAUAACAUAAGGAGCAACAUGAUGAACUACAUGAGUAACAACAUAAGGAACAACAUGAGGAAUAACAUAAGGAGCAACAUGAUGAACUACAUGAGUAACAACAUAAGGAACAACAUGAGGAAUAACAUAAGGAGCAACAUGAUGAACUACAUGAGUAACAACAUAAGGAACAACAUGAGGAACAACAUAAGGAACAACAUAAGGAACAACAUGAGUAACAACAUAAGGAACAACAUGAGGAAUAACAUAAGGAGCAACAUGAUGAACUACAUGAGUAACAACAUAAGGAACAACAUGAGGAAUAACAUAAGGAGCAACAUGAUGAACUACAUGAGUAACAACAUAAGGAACAACAUGAGGAACAACAUAAGGAGCAACAUGAUGAACUACAUGAGUAACAACAUAAGGAACAACAUGAGGAACAACAUAAGGAGCAACAUGAUGAACUACAUGAGUAACAACAUAAGGAACAACAUGAGUAACAACAUAAGGAACAACAUGAUGAACUCCAUGAGUAACAACAUAAGGAACAACAUGAGGAAUAACAUAAGGAGCAACAUGAUGAACUACAUGAGGAACAACAUAAGGAACAACAUGAGGAAUAACAUAAGGAGCAACAUGAUGAACUACAUGAGUAACAACAUAAGGAACAACAUGAGGAAUAACAUAAGGAGCAACAUGAUGAACUACAUGAGGAACAACAUAAGGAACAACAUGAGGAAUAACAUAAGGAGCAACAUGAUGAACUACAUGAGUAACAACAUAAGGAACAACAUGAGGAAUAACAUAAGGAGCAACAUGAUGAACUCCAUGAGUAACAACAUAAGGAACAACAUGAGGAAUAACAUAAGGAGCAACAUGAUGAACUACAUGAGUAACAACAUAAGGAACAACAUGAGGAAUAACAUAAGGAGCAACAUGAUGAACUACAUGAGUAACAACAUAAGGAACAACAUGAGGAAUAACAUAAGGAGCAACAUGAUGAACUACAUGAGUAACAACAUAAGGAACAACAUGAGUAACAACAUAAGGAACAACAUGAUGAACUACAUGAGUAACAACAUAAGGAACAACAUGAGUAACAACAUAAGGAACAACAUAAGGAACAACAUGAGUAACAACAUAAGGAACAACAUGAGGAAUAACAUAAGGAACAACAUGAGGAAUAACAUAAGGAGCAACAUGAUGAACUACAUGAGUAACAACAUAAGGAACAACAUGAGGAAUAACAUAAGGAACAACAUAAGGAACAACAUGAGGAAUAACAUAAGGAACAACAUGAGGAAUAACAUAAGGAGCAACAUGAUGAACUACAUGAGUAACAACAUAAGGAACAACAUGAGGAAUAACAUAAGGAACAACAUAAGGAACAACAUGAGGAAUAACAUAAGGAACAACAUGAGGAAUAACAUAAGGAGCAACAUGAUGAACUACACGAGGAACAAGGAUAAGUGUCAUUUCUAA